CUUCAAACUCUUCUACUUACCGACGCCUCCGUCUUUUUUAGCUUAUCCCAGCAAAGAAGGGCAAGAAUUGUUGAAAAUUCUUUCUUUGGCCUGAUAUAUAAGAGGCUGAAACUAAUUUUAUUGAGAAAAAUCCAACAUGGCCACCAGAUUUACCUCUCGUCUCAGAUCCCAACUUGUCAAUACUCUCCGACACAAUCCCCGACUCCUCUUGACUCCGGCUGCCACCGUUAUGGAAUCUCAGCCAUCAAUGCACUCUUUACUGUCUGAUUACCGCCACCAAAUCAAUGGCUAUAAUUCAUUACGUUUCCUCUCCACUGCCCGUCGGCAUCCGGUUCGGUCCAACAAGGUUGACAUAGGAGCCCGAGCUCGACAGCUACAGAACCGUCGUCUCUGGACCUAUGCACUGACCUUCAGCUGUAUUGCUGGGUUCAUAGUAAUUGUCCUCAACAAUUUUCAAGAUCAGUUAGUUUUUUACGUGACUCCAACUGAAGCUCUUGAAAAAUACCAAGAAAACCCGACAAAAACCAAGUUCAGGCUUGGCGGUUUGGUCCUUGAAGGCAGUGUGGCCCAUCCGGCAUCUUCUCCAGAUAUAGAGUUUGUAAUCACUGACUUAAUUACUGAUGUUUUAGUUAGGUAUCAGGGUUCAUUACCCGAUUUGUUUAGAGAGGGUCAUUCAGUGAUUGUGGAGGGGUUUAUCAAGCCGUUUACGGAGGAGAUAAAGAAUGCAAAAUCGGAUAAGAAUGUUUCGGAGAAGGCGAGAAAUGGAGAUUGUUAUUUUGCGGCGACUGAAGUUUUGGCUAAGCAUGACGAGAAGUAUAUGCCUCCAGAGGUUGCUGCAGCGCUUGAGAAGAAUAAGAAGAUAAUUGAGGAGCAGCGGCGGCAGCAGGGAGUAAAAGAAGUAUAGAUUCAAGGGUAUGAUUUCAUUGGCUUCAAUUAAUUAAUAUUUGAUUUUGGAAGUACUCAUACAUGUGAUUAGAAUAGGGUUAUUGUAACUUACAAUAUAAUGGCCUUAUCCUUCAAUUCAGUUUUGGAUGGUUGGGGACUGAUAUGAGGGUAAUUUUAGAUGAGGGAAGAGGGUUCACUUUGAGGCUCCUUUUUUGCUUUCUUGUUUCUGUUGUAAUGCCACUUCUGUGGUCUUUUGGUCACUUUAUCAUUCUUUUCCCCGAUAA